UAGUUUAUUUUGCAUCAAGAUGGCGAUCCACCUGUUUCCAUAACGGUGAUCAUCUUUGCGUUUUCACCAGGAUUUGGUCAAUUUAAGCCGAGUGAGAAUUGUUAUUAAAGGGCCUCAGUCCACUAUGUCCACGGAGGAGCUUUCAGCCUCGGAUAGCGAGGCCGCCGUGGCCGGCGCCGGCGUGCGCUGGGCGCCGGUGGGCGCCGUGGCCAACCCCGAGGAGGAGCGCGCAAACUGCGGCCAGUCGAGGGGAAGAGUAUCGGUCGGCGGAGGAGACGUCGACGAGGAAAUGGCGGGGCGACUGAUGAAGCUGGAGGAGGAGCAGGAGCUCCUGAACUCGUCGCUGCUCGCCCUUACGUCGCACUUUGCCCAGGUGCAGUUCCGACUCAAACAGAUCGUCCACGCGCAGAGCGACGAGAAGGAGAAGAUGCUCACCGAGCUGGAGGAGUUCGCCUUCCGGGGAUGCCCGCAUGUGCUCGGCUGCGGACCCCGUGACGCCCAGCACCUCCACAACACGAGUGAGCGGGAGAAGCGCGAGCGUUUGGAGGCUCAGCGGGAGAAGCAAAAAGAUCUCAUCUUCCAGCUCAAGACGCAGCUGGAUGACCUCGAGCACUUUGCCUACCAGGAAGGCAGCUACGACUCGCUGCCGCAGUCGGUCGUCAUGGAGCGGCAGAAGGUCAUAAUCGACGAGCUGAUCAAGAAGUUGGACGUCAACCUGAAUGAGGACAUCGGCAACUUGUCGCCCGAGGAGCUGCGACGGCGAGUGGACGCCGCCAUCGCGCAGAUCGUCAACCCGGCACGGGUGAAGGAGCAGCUGGUCGAGCAGCUCAAGACGCAAAUUAGAGACCUGGAGAUGUUCAUCAACUUCAUCCAGGAUGAGGUGGGAAACCCUCUCUUGUGUGACGGCACGCACAGUCAGCAGCCUCUAGCGGCCUCUGCCAAGACCAGAACCACCAGAGGGACGAGGACUGCGGACCCGGAACAGGCGCAGAGGAUGCGCGAGACGGGCCUGCAGCUGAUACAGAAGGCUCUGGCCGUGCUGCAGAUCUUCGCCGCCAGCCAGUUCGGCUGCUCGGGCGGCCAGGCGCCGUCGGGCAUGUGGCCUCAAGACUUGACGCAGCGUGAUUAUGGUCCUCUCCUCCGCCGUCUGGAGGCAACCGUGGACAAGGUUCGCGUUCUGGGCUCGCGUCGCCAGCCUGGCCCGGAUCAUGUGGUCAACUACACCGGGAACUCGGCUCUGGGACCUCGCGACGAGCUGACUGCGUGUGUACGCAGGGAACUGGCCCUGGUUCUCAAGGACUUGCUGGCUCAUGGUCUGGUUUCGCCUUCUCAGACUGUCAGCCUGGUCCUGGCGCCCAUCUCCUGCUUGCUGCCCCACCGGACCACCGGGCCCCAAACCAUACACCCUUGGGAGCUCUUCGUCAAGUACUACCACUCGAAAAACGGCAAGGCCUUUGCGGAGUCACCCGCCCGCCAGCUCUCGCAGUCCUUCAGCCUGCCAGUAGGAGACGGUCCGGUUACCGUCACCCCUAAACAAUCUCUCCUGUGGGCCAUCCAUACGGUUCUGAAGGAACACGGGCGUUACAAGCGAGGUCCCGACACGGAGUUCAAGGCGCUCGUGUGCAUGGCGCUCAACGAGCAGCGGCUCGUGUCGUGGCUCAACCUGCUGUGCAAGGCGGGCACGCUGGUGCACCCGCACUACCUGGCGUGGAGCUACAUGGCGCAGACCGGCUUCGAGGGUGCCCUGCGUAUCCUGGGACGCAUCAGUCACCUCAAGUUCGACCUGCCCGUUGACCUGGCCGUGCGGCAGCUCAAGAACAUCAAGGACGCUUUCUGACAACACCUAACGCAAUCAGUCAAGAAGGCGGUAGCGAUGGGGUGCUCAAAACAUUUUGCCCCGCGGUUGACAUGCGGCCCAGCCAACAUUUACAUUCUAUAGGAAUCCCGAAAUUGUUGUUGCAUUGAGACAUUUUGUUUACCGAAAAUGAGUUACUUAAAAUCUAUUUAUUCUUUUUUUUUUAAAAUAGUGUCUCUCAUUAUACCAUUGGUUAGUUGUAAAAAUUACAAUUUAUCCUUGAACUAUGUUGUAUUUAUUUGAUCAAAUAAUUGGUUAAUUAUAAUAACAUUGAUAUAAAUAGAAGGAAAAAGAAUCAUGUUUAAAAACUAACAACAUUACAACUGACAGAUAGUUUACAAUUACCAGAAUGGCUGACGAUCCAAGAACGAGGCGCUUGCACAGUGACUGACUUUGCUGCUUUUUUUUUGUUUCAUUUAGAAAUGUUUUGUGAGAUGAUUGUAUGGGAACACGAUACUGGUUGCGGCAAGUAUCUUCUCCAUGAAUGUCAACGCCGUAGUUGCCAUUCAAGUGCUACCUCCACGUGUGUAGCAGAUUUUAAAUUGCUAAGACUGACACAAGCAAUGAAUCAGUGUGCAAAUGUAGCACCGAAUGUUGUUUUUGCCCCACAUCUUGGUACUUAAGUACAGAAAAAAAAUGUAAUUUAUUGGGUCAUAUCGGCAUAUAAACACAGCUGCCACACUGAAUCAUGAAUAUGUAGCUAUGUUCUUUUGAUCUCUUUAUCCUAAACAUUAAUAAUACACAUGCAGUAGUUUGCUGUGUCACGUUCCUGUCAUGUCGUUGUAAACUUUGUAGUAUGUGUGAUAAACUCCCAAGCUGCUUGUG